AUGCUUAAUACAUCAAUUAAUUUUUUUGAGGAGAAUGACAUAAUCAAAUUAAGGAAAUAUGUAUUAAAAUAUGAUUUAUAAAGGUCAUCACAAAGGAAAAUGAAUGGAAAAAAGAUAAAGCAGUUUUAGAAUAAAAAAUUUAAUUACUUGAGCUUUAAUUAGAUGAUUAUAAAUCAAGGGAAUUUAACUAUAAAAAACUGAAUGAAACAAUAACAUAAGCCAUUAAUGAAACUACUACGAUUUAGAAAGUAUUAAUUAUAUUUAAAUAUGAUAGAGAUCUGUGUCUGAAUUAUAAAAAAAUGUCGAUAUUUAACAGAAAGAUCAUAAUAAAGCAAUUUACAAAGAGUAGAUAAAGUCUUUAGAAGUUUAAGUAACAGAUUAAUAAUAAAGAAUAGAUUAGAUCAUUAACAGAAUAAUUAUAGGAAAAAGAUUCAUAAGGGAAAGAGAUGGAAUUAUAAUUAUAGAAGCAAUAUUAUUAAUAUGAUCAUAGAAUUAUUUAGUUGGAAUAGGAAAAGUAAUAAUAAAAUUAAGAAAAUGUAAAGUUAAAAGAAUAAAUGAUAAAAGUAGAGGAGAACUAUAAAUAAAGAGAACAAUAGUAUAAAAAUCAAUUUGAAUAAGAAAUAUAAAAAAUAAAAGAUAUAAAUAUGUAGGAUAAUAAUGCAAAACAAUCUGAUUAUGAAUCAAAGUAUUCCUAAUUAUCUUUGUUAUAUGAGAAAGAGAAGGAAUAACUUUAAUAGAGAAUUAGUAAAUGCUAAAAUACUAUCAAAAAAUAUUAAUAGCAUAUAGAAUAGAAUAUAGACAUAACUAAUAUUAGAUAAUAGUAUGAAGACUAAAUUUAAUAACUUUAAGAAAAGAAUUCAGUAUUAUAAUAAUAAUUUUAAUAUGAAAGAUAAAUUUUAUUGUAAUAAAUAGAUGAAUUAAAAAAGCAAUAUUAAUAAAGAGAUCAUAUAAUGAAAGAUAGUAUAAAUUAUCAUGAAUCAACAUCCAAAAAAAAGAGUGUUGAUGUAAUAAAGAUUAAAAGUUCUUUAUAAUCAUAUGAUAGCCCAGUGUAAUGUAAGAGUUUUCAUGUAGCUAAUUAAGAUUCAAAAGGAAUAAGCUAUAAUUAAUUAGUUAAGAAUUCAUCAAAUUAAUCUCUUAAUUUUACAUAAAAAUAACUCUAAUAAUCUUAAUAAUAAUAAUAGAAUAAUUAAUCAUUUGAAAAGUCUACUAAAUUUAAUGAUGGAAUACCUAUGUCAAUAGAUUAAUUUAAUUUAAUGAAAAAUAAAAAGUAAAAAUCAUAAACAACUCUAUCAAUUCCAACUAGUAAUAAUUAUAAUUUAAAUUCAUUAUUAUAAGAAGCUAGUUUAUUUUAAUAAAAUUAAGAAUCUUUUCAAUUGGAUUCAAAUAGCAAUCCAAAAGAAGAUCCAUCAAAGUAAAGAAUUUUAAAGUAAUUAAAUCCAAACAUCAACAAUAGAUAAAUAGAUUAUAAUAGAUCAGUUAGAAAUGAUAAAUAUAAAUAGCCAGAAUAAUCUUAUUAACGAUCAGCAUCAUAGGAGGGAUUAAAAGGUUCAGUUUCUAAUCUAAGUAAAAUGCUUGGAUAAACUGAAAUUAGUUAUUAAUAAUAAUCUAAUUCAACAUAAUAAUAAACAAAUAAUACUACUUUAAAUAGUUUAAAAGUCCCUAUUUUUACCUAAAAUUAAAUAAAUAGUUUGAAAAAUAGUACAUAAUAAGUAUAUCCUUGUGCAACUCUAAGAAUGAAUGAAAAUCAUGUCUAAAAAGUGAGAUAUAACAACAAUCAUAGUACACAUGAGGAGAUUAAAUAUAAUAAAGAAAAUUAAUAACCUACGAAAAAAUAAUCAAGAACUGAUAUUAAAAUGAUUAUUGGAAAACUAUUACAAACAAAAGUAAAAUAAUCAGAUAAUAUCGAAAAAACUACUUAAUUUUCCAAAUUUAAUCGAAUUUGA